UUUUAUUAUGAUUCUUUAAUUCCAAAUUUCUAUAAUACCUAUUUGUUUGUAAUAGUUUGCCAAGCGAAUAGUAAAACUUGAAUACAAAUUAUUUGGCGGUGAAUACAACUUUGAAAUUAUUCAAUUUUGACAUUUAUAUAACAAUGUCUAAGAGAAAAACAGUAAGCGCAGAGGAGAAACGAACAAGGAUGCUGCAGUUAUUUCAUGAGAAAAAAGAUUUUUUUCAACUUAAAGAUUUGGAAAAAAUUGCUCCUAAAGAGAAGCAAAUAGUAUUGCAGUCUGUAAAAGAAGUAGUUCAAAAUUUAGUCGAUGACGGCCUGGUCGACACAGACAAAAUAGGCAGUUCAGUUUAUUUCUGGGCUUUUCCAAGCAAGGCAAAAUCUGCCAAAAUGACUACACUAAACAAUGCUAAAGUAAAAUUGGAAGAAUACCAAAAGAAAUUAAAUAGAAAUUUGGAAAUAAUAAAUAAAGAAAAGGUUGGAAAAGAAGAUUCAGAUUCUAGAAAAGUUUUAUUGGACAAGUUGAAAGCUCUUCAAGACGAAAAGUUAAGCUUAGAAUUAGAAAUAAAAAAGUUCAAAGAUUCCGAUCCUGCUGAAAUUGAAAGAAUGAAAAAUAACAUUGGCGUCGCCAAAGAGGCAGGUAAUCGUUGGACGGAUAAUAUUUAUUCUGUAAAAUCUUGGUGCCGUAAAAAGUUUUUUAUCGAGGACAGUACUAUGGACAAACAAUUCGGAAUACCUUCGGAUCUAGAUUAUUUGGAAUAAACAUUAAGUGAACGCAAAGUUUAUAAUGUACAAUAAAUAUUAUACUCACCAUGUAAUCAAUGUUCCCUUGGAAACGUGAACCAUAAUUUUAGUUAUUAAUAAGAAAAGAGGUAUUUUUCUAAAUACCAGUAAUUAUAUAUAUUUAAGUUAUAAAUAAGAAUUACUGUUUGUUAACCUUACCAGGAGCCGAUUUUAUUAUA